AUGCCCAUGCCUACAGAAGGAGCUACAGGCUCCAAGAAGCGGAAAAACGUCAAAGAAGGCGGAGUACCUUCGUCCAAGCGCCGUGCAGUCGCUGAGACUCAGAGCGAUGGAGAGAUGGCCAAGAUCCAAGAGCUGGAAGACCAGAUUUCUGAGUCGCGAAAGUACUAUAACAACAUUGUGACACUGAUAUCGAUGCUCAAUGCGGAUGGAAAUGAGGCAAAGCCUAAUUUGGCUGUGGCGGUGUCACUCUGUCGGGUCUUUAGCAGAUUGAUGGCCCUGGGGAAUUUGACCGAGACCAGUCGCGCAGCAGAGAACGAGAAGAUCAUCGUUGCUUGGUUGAAGGAGCGUUGUCGGGAAUAUCAAAAGGCACUGAUCUCAUUACUCCGUGAAGCAGAUCCUUCCUCUCAGGUUACUGCCUUGACUCUAUGCAUGCGCAUUAUCAACGAACGCGCAACCCAUCUACCGGGCGAUGAUACCCAAGUCUGGCUUUCUGGUCUCUUCAAGAACGUAUUCGAGGCUGUCGUCGAAGCAAAGAACGGGCAGGCGUUGAGGUCGGAGUUUUUGGAUCAAUUCGCGAAGGCAUACGAGGAUGUGAGAUACUACACCUUCGUGCAAGUCUCUGACUACGCAGAGACAAAACGAAGCUCCGAAGUUCUCGACGUCCUCAUCUCAAUGCUAUCUGAAUGCGACAAUGUCCCUGGUCCUGAACACAUGUUUGAGAACUUCUACAUCAAAACCAGCAAACAGAAUAAGAAGCUCCUCUCAGUGAACUCGCACAAGAAACAGGCACAGAAUGCCUGGCUGGCCAUACUCCAGAACAACCUCUCGCACACCCAACGCAAAACCCUGCUGCGCAACAUGGUCUACAGCAUAGAGCCGUGGUUCAACCGCCCCGAACUGCUCAUGGACUUCCUGACGGAUUCAUACAACGUCGGCGGCGCGACAUCCCUCCUCGCCCUCUCUGGUCUCUUCUACUUGAUCCAGGAGAAGAACCUGGACUAUCCCCAAUUCUACCACAAACUAUAUUCCCUCCUCGGCGGCGAUCUCCUGCACUCGAAACACCGCUCUCGUUUCUUCCGACUGAUGAACACUUUCCUCUCCUCCACCCACCUUCCCGCUGCGCUUAUCGCCAGCUUUAUCAAGCGUCUUUCUCGUCUCGCGCUUAAUGCACCCCCACCGCUAUCGUGGUCAUCGUCCCCUUCAUCUACAAUCUACUCAAGAAUCACCCGACCCGAGGGCAUGGAUGACCCGUUCGACGUGAACGAGGGAGACCCAACCCGCACGAAGGCCAUUGAAAGCAGUCUAUGGGAGAUCGAGACGCUCCAGUCGCAUUACCACCCCAAUGUCGCUGCGAUUGCCCGGAUUAUCUCGGAACAAUUCACAAAACAGGCAUACAAUCUUGAAGAUUUCCUGGACUAUACCUACCAAGGCAUGCUGCAGGCAGAGCUCGGUACGGAAGACAAGCCGUUCAAGAGAAUCCCAGUCGUUGAAUAUCAUAUCCCCAAACGAAUAUUCACCGACAGAUUACUCGAGGAAGACGGAGGCCAGGACACUGCGCCUGGUAACUUCAUGAGAGGCUUAUGGAAUUUUGCAUGA